AUGAAAUAAUAGAUUUAUUAUUACAGAGAAUUAGAAGAGUUUUUAAACUCUUCACUUUUAUCUCAUUAGAUUCUCCAUGUUGAUCUAUAUGACAAUUAAAUUGGUGAUGAAAGUGCAUCAGUCUUAGGUUCUGCUUUAGCAAAUUGCAUUAAUCUCUAAAAUUUGAUACUUAGUCUUUAUUACAAUUAAAUUGGUGCAAUCGGUGCAUCAGGCUUAGGUUCUGCUUUAGCAAAUUGCAUUAAUCUCUCAAAUUUGACAUUUGGUCUUAGUAACAAUUAAAUUGGUGAUGCAGGUGCAUAAGGCUUAGGUUCUGCUUUAGCAAAUUGCAUUAAUCUCUCAAAUUUAACACUUGGUUUUAGUAACAAUUAAAUUGGUGAUGCAGGUGCAUCAGGAUUAGGUUCUGCUCUAGCAAAUUGCAUUAAUCUAUCAAAUUUGACACUUGAUUUUCGUUCUAAUAAAAUUGGUGCAAUGGGUGCAUCAGAUUUAGGUUCUGCUUUAGCAAAUUGCAUUAAUCUCUCAAAUUUGACACUUGAACUUUAAAGAAAUUAAAUUGGUGAUGCAGGUGCAUCAGGAUUAGGUUCUGGUUUAGCAAAUUGCAUUAAUCUCUCAAAUUUGACACUUGAUCUUAGUAGCAAUAAAAUUGGUGAUGUAGGUGCAUCAGGCUUAGGUUAUGCUUUAGCAAAUUGCAUUAAUCUCUUAAAUUUGACACUUGAUCUUCGCAUCAAUUAAAUUGGUAAUGUAGGUGCAUCAGGCUUAGGUUCUGCUUUAGCAAAUUGCAUUAAUCUCUCAAACUUGACACUUGAAUUUCGGUAAAAACAGUUUAUUAGUUUUGGAUUGUGA